AUGGCGGCGGUUUCAAUUUUCAGAAGAUACAAGGACUACACGCCCCUGUGGAACGACAUCAGCACGUCAAGGGGAAAGCAAAAUGGCCAGCGAUGGUCGCUUGGCAAGAUAUGUAUAGGACUGUCCGUCCUCUUGAAUUGCAUUCUCAUCUGGAGGUCGUGGAGUCGAUGGCCUUCCGCUCUGGACAACUAUCAACACCUGAACGAAUUCUCCCUCCUUGACCCCGCUGUGCCAGUUGUGCCAGCCGCGAGGGAGAAUGCCAUCGUAACGAGUCUAUACACCGAUGCGUUUGCUUCCGCAGUGGCGACGCUGGGACAUACCCUGAACAAGGCCAACAGUACUGCGAGUCGCAUCCUCAUCUACUUGCCAGAGAAAGUCUCACGACAGGCACUAUGCAUCGCGUCCGCGAGCGGCUUCAUGCCCCAUCCCGUCGCACGCAUCCCGCCACCCUAUGAUGGCGUCCACCGCCAUUUCCUCGAUCAGUAUUCGAAGUUGCAGCUUUGGACGCUCGACAAGAUCGGUGUAAAAAGCCUGGUGUACCUUGAUGCAGACACCUUGGUGCACGGCAAUUUCGACGAGCUGUUCGCUCUGCCUUACCGCUUUGCUGCCGUGCCAGACAUCUUUCUGGACUCGCGCGGCUUUGAUGUCGGCUUUAAUGCCGGCGUGCUUUUCCUACGGCCUUCGACCGAGGUAUUCCACGACAUGGUCUCGAAGAUUGCUACGGCAAAGUAUCCCGCUGAAGACGCCGAGCAGUCCUUCCUGAACCACUACUUCGGCAAGGAGGCGCUACGGCUGCCGUACGCCUACAAUGCGAACUUCGCGAUAAAGAAGCAUUCGUCCAUGAUGUGGGACGACCUGCGGUCGGAUGCACGCAUCGUACACUACACGCUCGUUAAGCCCUUCCUGCAGGGCGACUAUGCGGAGGUACCACUAGACAAGCUCGAGAAGAAUGUACAGAGCAAGAUGGGGAAGCACGGCGGAAUCUACAAGCGAGAGCUGAACGAGUGGCUACAAGCUUGGCAAGAGACGCAGGGCCUGUAUGGUGAUGCAUUUGUUGAGUGUCGAGCAGGGAGCGAUUGA